AUGAGAAUUUUCUUUCUUUCCAGCUAUGAUAUGGUACACUUUGGCCAUGCGAAUCAACUACGUCAAGCGAAACAAUUCGGUAAAAAACUUAUUGUUGGAGUGCACAACGAUAACGAGAUUACGAUGCACAAAGGCCCACCAGUAUUCAACGAAGAAGAACGAUACAGGAUGGUUGAGGGUAUCAAAUGGGUUGAUGAGGUGGUCGAAGAUGCGCCUUACGUCACCACUGUGGAAACGUUGAAUCGUUACGACUGUGAUUUUUGCGUUCACGGAGAUGACAUAACUCUCACAGCCGAUGGGAAAGACACAUACGAGGAGGUGAAGAAAGCAAAACGUUACCGAGAAUGUAAACGAACAGCCGGUGUAUCGACUACGGAUCUUGUGGGACGGAUGCUUCUUCUGACGAAAUGUCACCACGUCUCUGAAGAGCAUAUGGACCAGCAUCGAGAACGGGCUCGCACCUUGAGCACGGUAUUUACUCUAUCUUAA